AUGAAUCAUAUCUCCAACAGACUUGGAGUGGAUGAGUUGGCCGAAAAAGAUAAUAUUGUUUUACUAUCCAAGGCUGGAAGUGAUGAUUUCUUAUACACAAUGGCUGAUGAUGUUCAUGCUGAGGCGUCAGCGAUUAUACUUGGAUCUUUAUGGAACAACGAGUUUUGUUUUUUCUGUUAUGGGCGUCAAGCUCCUGCUACUACAUCUACAAACUCUUUUUAUGCAAAUUUUAAUUUAUAUCUUUCUAAUUCCUUUUAUGCGUGGGAGCUUCCAUCAGCUUUCUUGGUAUCUGCUCAAGAUUGCCCCUGUGGUGAUUGCCUUAUAAAUGAGGAGUUUUCAAAGGAAAAUCUUCCUGGAUGGAUCGCUUGGCAAAGUAAACGGCAAUUAGUUCUUGGUUUUCUCAUUCUUAGGAAGAAUCUCUGUUCUUUAUUACCCGAAAUCGGAGAGCAUGGUGGUUUUACACUUGUCCGAUUGAUGUCCAAUGGAACGCUUCAAUCCCAACAGUACUGUGCCUCUUGGGAAAUGACCUGCAGCAUUUUGACAACAGCGCAUGGGGAAAUGAGUCAGCCUUGUAGAGAUUCUUUGCUAUGCUCCAUGGGUGAUGAGGAAUAUAAAUAUCGCAGGAGGUUCCAUUAUAUUAAACUUGAGAAUCUGCACGCUCAUUUGAAUGAUAAAAUUGGGAAAUCAAUGUUUACAAAAUUUAUUAGCGGUUCUGCAGGUAGAUUAUGUGAAUAUGAACCAACAGUGUCUCACCUUGAUGUUGAUGUUUUCAUGGAUGUCAACAUGCCCACUAGCUUAUACGAGAUUGUCAGUAGAUUAAUGUGGACUGCAUUACAUGUUAAUGUUUUGAAGGAAGCUUUUCCAGAUCAUAGUGAAGUUGUUGCGAUAAAGAGUAAAAAGGUACCCCCGGAAUUUCCCGUCAUUCCUGAAGGAAAUCAGUUACCUCCCUUCUUUUUAAGAAAACCUUAUUCUGGGUGCAGUAAUAAGCAAGGAGAAGAUAUUGUGGGUCCUGUUCUUCCCCUCUCUGUAUCCCUGGUUUUGAAAGAGAUCAAAAAACAUGGUAAUUCUUUUGUGGACCAAGUAAAUGACUUUUCAACUGAAUAUAAAUUCACUCGUCUAUGUGAAUAUGUGGUGAAUUUCACCAUGAAAAAAUUCACUGAUGAUUUAAACAAAAAACAGGACAAAAACUUAGAGGAGACCUGGGUUGAUGAUUCGGCCGAAACAGGACUACUGUUGUGGUAUAAACCAACUUCAUUCAUGGAUGAAGUGGAAGAACAGAAAAACUAG